AUGAAUGGAGUUGAGGAGUCUUGGAAACAGGUGAGCAUGAAAGACACGGCCGGGAAGGAGCAUGAGAAGCUUGAAGACACAACUGGCACAUGCGAGCUACAAGACUUGGCCAAAGCAAGGCUUGUCGGAGCUCUCGAGUGGAGCGCAACCAGGACACCAAAGCCCUUGAAAGAGCAUGCUCUGCACCAGGAGUGGACGGCCUGGAGGGCGAAGCUACCCAGGUCUUGGGCGGCCUCUGCCAAGAUAGCGCGUGAGGAUGCCUCGAUGCGGAACUGCACCAGCCAGGACGGCUUUGACGAUGCAGAUUUCGACAAGGCGCACUUCGUUGGGGCAGAUCUCACUCUGGACAAGCUGGAUGCGUGCAGGCGCUUGAAGGUGGACAGCACCUUUGUUCAUAGACUUUGGACAGCACUGGAUCCGCCAAUUGCAAAUCUGGCAAUGCACCCACCGGCCAAAGACAUGCGAGGUCGCAGCGCCCAACCGGGCCGCAACGGGCUCGGUGCUGUCGCGUGGCGGGCGGAACGGGACGGGUGGCAGUGCGGGUAG